UCGAUAUCUCCAUCGAUCUGCACACCCUUGUCUCCUGGAUCGUAGCUGAGAUCAGCGUGAACCACGUGGGUCUCUGCUCCCUGACCUGUUUCCUGUUUGGAAAGAGUUCCAGCUUCAUCACGGAGUUUCUCUCGGUUUGUGGGCUCAUCUAAAGGACCAACGUGGAUCGAGAAGUCAGCGCUCUCAGGAGGCCGACAAUUUUGUUGACAAAAGAAGUGGAAGAAAAAAAUACAACCGUGACGAGUUUGGGAAAGAUUUUACUGUGAAAGCUUCCCUAAAAAUGCAUCAGGUCAUCCACACCGGAGAGAGAGCGUUCAGCUGUGGAGACUGUGGAAAGUCUUUUACCAGGUCUGGAAGCUUAAAAACACACCAACUAAUCCACACUGGAGAGAGACUGUUCAGCUGUGGAGACUGUGGAAAGUCUUUUACCACGUCUGGAAGCUUAAAAACACACAAACUCAUCCACACUGGAGAAAGACCGUUCACCUGUGACGAGUGUGGAAAGUCUUUUACCACGUCUGGACACUUAAAAACACACCAACUGAUCCACAGUGGAGAGAGACCGUUCAGUUGUAGAAACUGUGGAAAGUCUUUUACCAGGUCUGGAAAGUUAAAAACACACAAACUCAUCCACACCGGAGAGAGAGCGUUCAGCUGUGACGAGUGUGGAAAGUCUUUUACCACGUCUGGAAGCUUAAAAACACACCAACUCAUCCACAGUGGAGAGAGACUGUUCAGCUGUGGAGACUGUGGAAAGUCUUUUACCACGUCUGGAAACUUACAAACACACCAACUAAUCCACACUGGAGAGAGACUGUUCAGCUGUGGAGACUGUGGAAAGUCUUUUACCCACUCUGGAAGCUUAAAAGCACACCAACUCAUCCACAGUGGAGAGAGACUGUUCAGCUGUGGAGACUGUGGAAAGUCUUUUACCACGUCUGGAAACUUACAAACACACCAACUAAUCCACACUGGAGAGAGACUGUUCAGCUGUGGAGACUGUGGAAAGUCUUUUACCAGGUCUGGAAAGUUAAAAACACACAAACUCAUCCACACCGGAGAGAGAGUGUUCAGCUGUGACGAGUGUGGAAAGUCUUUUACCACGUCUGGACACUUAAAAACACACCAACUGAUCCACAGUGGAGAGAGACCGUUCAGUUGUAGAGACUGUGGAAAGUCUUUUACCAGGUCUGGAAAGUUAAAAACACACAAACUCAUCCACACCGGAGAGAGAGCGUUCAGCUGUGACGAGUGUGGAAAGUCUUUUACCACGUCUGGAAGCUUAAAAACACACCAACUCAUCCACAGUGGAGAGAGACCGUUCAGCUGUGGAGACUGUGGAAAGUCUUUUACCCACUCUGGAAGCUUAAAAGCACACCAACUCAUCCACACUGGAGAGAGACCGUUCAGCUGUGACGAGUGUGGAAAGUCUUUUACGCGCAUUUCACACUUAAAAUCACAUCAACUCAUCCACAGUGGAGUUAAAGCGUACACCUGUGAUCAGUGUGGCAGAGCUUUUACUCACAGUAACAGCUUACAGAGUCAUCUAGUUACCCACUCUGGAAUUAAGGCGUACAGCUGUGACAUUUGUGGAAAAACUUUCAGCCGGAUAGGGAGCCGAAAUACACACCUACGCAUUCACACCAGACAUGAUGUGUACAGCUGUGAUCAGUGUGGUAAACAGUUUACUACAAACACAGAGUUACGACGUCACAUGUUUACCCACACUGAGGAACGACCUUAUAAAUGUGACCUGUGUGAGAAGACUUUUAAAUCUCCACGUUACCUGAAAGCACACCAACAGAUCCACACCAGAAAGACUCUACAAGUGCAGUUACUGUGAGGUAUGUAUUUAUAUUUUUAUCUUGUCAGCCCGACUGUUUGAAACAACUCUGCUCAUCAAAGUGUGUUAGCAUGUUAGCAAUUCUACUGCAUGG